AUGUCCUCAACAACUUGGAACCGCCUCAUCCGCUUUGUCGAUGACAACGGAAAUGAGACCUUUGGAGACCCCGUCAUUGAGAAUGACAAGGACUUUUCCGAGAAGUUGGCCAAGAAUCACUUAUGGGCUGUUGAGUACAAGGGUCAGAGUCCUGUGGCGCAACUCACCAAGGGUGGCAAGGUACAUGUCAAGGCUGUAAAGGAGCUGCUGCGACCGGCUGAUGUGCCUAUCAUCCGAUGCAUUGGCCUUAACUACAUCAAGCACAUCAAGGAAGGUGGCCGAACACCGCCGCCUUAUCCCUCAUUGUUCAUCAAGCCCUCUACCUCCAUUGCUGGCUUCAAUGAGGAUGUCCCCAUUCCCAAGAUCGCCCAAGAUGGCACAAUAGACUACGAGGGAGAGCUUGGUAUCGUGAUUGGCAAGUCUGGCAAGAACAUCACCAAGGAAGAUGCUCUCUCUUACGUAGCAGGCUACGUCGUCUCCAACGAUGUCUCCGCUCGAGCAUGGCAACGAGAUCCCAAGAAGGCCGGCGGUGUUCCCCAAUGGUGCUUCAGCAAGGGUUUCGACAAGUUCGCGCCCAUUGGACCUCUUCUCGUCUCUCCAGCCGUCGUUGGUAACGCUUCCAAGCUGCACCUGACAACAACUGUCAACGGCGAGGUGAGACAAAGCGAGGGUACGAAUGAUCUUCUUUUCGGCGUCGAGGAGAUCGUAAGCUUCAUCAGCCAAGGCACAACGCUAGAAGCCGGAACUGUUGUUCUCACAGGAACGCCUUGUGGCGUUGCCAUGGGAAUGAAGGAGCCUAAGUAUCUUAAUGACGGUGAUGUUGUAGAGGUUAGCAUCACCGAGUUGGGAAGUGUCAAGAACAAGAUGGUCUUCGAGUAA